CAACCACUGGUCUGGUAUCUUCGCAUUCAAGGUUAUCAGCUGUCUGUCUCCUUUCAAUCUCGUCGGCCAUUAUUGGCAUUUGCCAUAAAACAUUUUUUUUUCAUUACACUGUUAUAAUUUACGUGAGAUCAUUUUGUUGAUUUACAUUCGCAAGUGCAGUAAAGUAUUUAUCGUCGCCGAUUUGUAAUAAUAUGAGUAAUGUACCCAAUCAAAAUGGAUCAGGUCUAGAGCAGCAGGUAAGACAAUUAAUUGUUCAGCUCAGUAGGUACUAUGUAUUGUUCCCCAAGUAGGUUAAAGGAUGUUAAAGUAUUCAUUGUCUCAGUUAACAUUAUUUUGCAAUAAAAUAUUAUAAAUGCAGCAAAUGUCACAUCUUGUUAUUGGAGAUUAAUUUAAUUCAAAUGUAAUUGUUUGAUUUUUCCAGUUUGCUGGUCUGGACUUGCAGGGCGAUUCACAGCCCAGUUCGGCUCCUUCUAAAUACGUUCCACCACAUCUAAGGAAUAGACCAAACCAUUCUGAAUUUGUAGAACAACCAGGUAAUAUUUUUAUAAGUUCUUUAUAGAAAUUUAUUUUUAAAUAAUUUUGUUUAAUAUCACUAAUUUACCAUACAACAUAGUUUCUUUGUUCUCUAUUUAAUUUUAAUUUUUUCACCUUUAGGUCGUUUUAAUAUUAUAUAUUAUAUAUAUUAAAUUGUAUAGUUAUAGUGUAUUAUUUUGUGAACACUAAUCACACAGAGAAAAAACAUUAAGUAUGUAAAAACAAAUAAAAAAUAUACAUACAUUCCUACAUGUACUUUAUUGUAUAAUAUACAAUUAUUCCUACAUGUACUUUUAGAAAUAUUAGUAUAAAAAGUGAUGAUUACAAUAGUUUACGGAUUACUUCCAUUAGUAUUAAUUCAUAUUGUUGUGGGUGACCAUUUCGAACUGAUGUUCAGGUGACUUAUGACCAAAAUCAAAAAUAUUAAAUACAAUUUUUUUAAAAUACAUUUAUUUUUAUCAAAAAUAUUACACACACUUUUUAUUAUUAUUUAGUAAACAAAUUGGGGUAAAGGUCCUGGCAACUGAUUUCAUUAAACAAUGGUGAAAAUUAUUCAAUUUUAAUAAAAUAAUAUACCUACCCACUUAAAUUGUGUUUUUUAUACAUGCCAACCUUCACUAUGUAUAGUUGUACUUUUUUAUAUCCUGUGGUUGAGAUAAUAAAUAAAUACCCUAUAUUCCAUUUAUGUAUAUUAUUACAUGUAAAGUAAGAAGUUGGACAUUUUAUCAUAUGAACCACUGUUAUUGCACUUUGAGUUACAAACUUUUUUUAAUUAGCCCCCUGUUAAUGAAGAGUGGAUUCAGCCUUGCACUAAAUUCUGUGAAAUAACAUCAACUAAACUAAUGAAAAAUAAUACGCUGUAUGUACAGUAAUCCAAAAUAUCAAAUAGAUUAUGAAAUAUUUGAUAAACAAUAUCAAUUAUUGUGUAUGUGCAAAUUUACUCCUUGAUCACUUUAUUAAUGAGAUUAUGGACCAGUUCAUAUUAUUGACUACUGUUUUCAUGGUUGGUUCACUAUUUAACAUGUAUAUUUUUUUCCUAAAUUAUUUAGUUAUCUAUUUUGAUAGUUGUAGUAUCAAACAAAUAAAGUAUAUUGGUAGGUAUAGUCUACUUAUUAUGCAUAGGUAUAAUUGUGCGCUGUAUUCAAUUCACUUUGCCCAGGUACUUUUGUACUAUGUCUGGUCCAAUAUAGGGAAAAUUGGAAGUAUUAAAAUUAUCAGUUUGACAUUACCCAAAUGUGGGAAAAAAUGGGGAUUCUAUUACAGUACCUCCUACUUUCCCCGUAACAUGAAUAUAUUGUAAACAAAAAAACAUAUUAUCAUGUAAAUAAAUAACCUUAAAACAGGCAUGUGCAUUUUUUUUACAUUUGUAGUUGCAUGGGGGUCUAUCAGAUCCCUAUUUGUAAAAUAUGUAUAAAAAGUUAAAUUUUUAAGUUCAAAAAUAAAAUAGGUUAUCAUAUGAUAUGGAUAACAAUUUAACAAUAAAAAAAUAAAAUGAAAAUGUAAACAAACUAUAUGCAUUACUAAAAAUUAUAUUAAAAAAACUUUAACUUCAAAAUUGUGAUGAUCAACUAAACCCCCACGCAUUUAUUAAAGGUUAAGGUACAGGUUAGAGUAAUGAUAGGUGAUAUAUUAAAUACGGAAGUUUGUAGUGUUCAUUUUUGAGUAAAUUUAUUCAUGAACAUAAUACAUAUUAUAUAUACAUAAUAUGUAAAAAAUUAUUAAAUCUUCCAAUAUUAAAAAAAAAAAAUUUGAUGGUAUCUGAGUGUUUAUCAUAAUUGUUUGUAUAUUCACCUCGUUCCCCAUCAAACAAUAAUUUGUAACUUGUGCAAUUAUUAGAAUAUUUUUAAAUUUACUACUAGCUAGAUUACUUUUAAAUACAUUGUGAUAUUAUAUUCUACUAGAUGUUUUACAUUUUAAAUGUUUUCAAACUAAAAAUAUAUAUUUUUUUUUUCAAAUUGAAAAAAUGCUUUGGAUUUAAUGUUUUUACUCACAUUAUUCAAUAUUAUCUUAAAAUACUUUACCUGUCUUCAAAAGUAUUGUACAAUUUUUGUUAUUUAUAUGUUUUGUCUUAUUGUGUCGCUGAAGAUGCGAAUGGAAUCAGAAUUUUUCUAAAGUGUUCAAUUUUUUUUCGUCAUAUUUAAAAUUUUACUAAAAUAAUUUUUGUUAUGUUCACCAUUGUAACUACAACAAGCACACUGCUUCAUUAUUAAUUUAUGUUUAUAAAAAUAGAAAUUCAUAAUAUUAGAUAGAUAAGAUAGUGACAGAUCCCAUUGUUUGUUCGCCAUAGAUUAAAUAAAUCAACUUGUGUUUAAUAAAAAUAUCCCUUAGUAUUUUUUUUUAGUUUUAAAAAAAAAACUGUAUGGUAUGUUGAAAUUUUGUUACGUCUAUCAUUUUUAACACAAAAAUCACAGAUUUGUAUAGUGAUAAAACUUUUAAAUUACAAUUGAUAAAUCAUUUGUAAAAUGAAUAACUUUUACAUGUGUAAGAUAGUCACUUAUUACGAGCCCAACCCAAUUAUGUCACGCGGCUAUUCUAAAAAUAUCUUAAUAUCUCCUUAAAUAAUUUUUUUUUCAUUGAAUUUUGACCAAAUUGUUUUAAAUAGUUUUGACUUCAAAAAUUUAACAUUUAAUAAUAAUUUGAAAAAAAAAAUUGUUGUCUCCUUCAAGUUCAAAUUCUUUCAUUGAGUAGUAAAGCUCAUUUAUGAGGAUGCCGUAGUAUUGUUGUUUAACUAAUAUAACUUUAAAGUUGUAGGCAAUAACCAGUGAUGAAAAGUGUAAUAAAUUGGUUUCUAGCAUAGAUAAUAACAGGUGCUAAACUUGACGCAACCAACUGUGUUACCAUUAGCCCCAUUAUUUAAAUAACAACAUAUUUAUAGUUUAGACUAUUAUUAUAGUCAUGAUUUUUGGAAUGUGAAUGUUCAGUAUUUUAUAUAGUAGCAAAAUAUUGAAAAAAUAACUGUUGGGUACCUACUAAUUAUAUUUUUAAAGAAUAAUUAUUCAAUAAAUGUUGUAGAAUAUAAAUAGUGUAUAUAUAUAUAUAUAUAUAUGCAUAUAUAUAGUACUUCAAUAUAGCACUACAUAUAUAGCACUAAAAUAUUUUCCCUUCUUUUUUAUACAUAAGGUCAUUUUUCAUCUAAAUUGUAAGUGUUUUUUUCUAAACACAAUACUAAAUAUUUGAAUUUGUCCAUCCAUGACUUAUUAAUUAAUGUUUACUGUUACAGUUAAAGUUUAAUGCAAUUAUUAACAAUAAUAUAAUAGUAAUUGCAAGUUUAAGUUAAAAAAAAAAAUAGUAUUAUACAUUUUUAAAUUUAUGCAAUGUACUAAUUUUAUAUAUUAUAUUCUUAUCUGUAUUCUAACAUAAAAUCACAGAAUAAACAUCACAAUAAUUCUGUGGUAUAAUCACAACAUUUAUUUUUAAUAUUUUACAGAAUGCAGAGUUAAUGAAAGAGAUUUUAAUGUUUCUCGGCAAUCAUCAGGUUCUUAUAUUAAAUUGUUAAACCAAAGUUGUAUUUAAAUUAAAUUUAUGAUAAAAACCAUGUUUGCAUUCAUGUUUUAAUUUCAUUCAUAACAAAAAAAUUGUUUAGGAAAUGAUCGCCGUGGGGGCCGUAGAGACGAGUAUGAAGAUCGCUCUUCCUAUAAUGGAUCUACGAGUUCCGGUUAUGCUGGCGGACGAGGCGGAGGUAGUUAUAGAAACAAUUACCGCAAUGAUAGAGAAGGCGGCGAUUGGUCGCGUUUCAAUCAGGGCGGUGGUGGAGGAGGUGGCGGCAGUAGGUGGCAAGAAGGUGGAGGAGGAAGAGAUGGAAGAAGGUCUGUAGUACUUUUGUUAAAAAAAAAAGUUUUUUUUUUUUUUUUUUAAAUAUUUAAUUAAAUAUUUGAAUUAUAGAACUGGAGAAGGUCGUAGAGGUCGUUGGGAUGAAUCAAAUGCUGCUAAUCAAGAUUGGACAAAACCACUUCCCGCUGAUGAGCGUAUGGAAGAAGAACUAUUUGGAAAUCGUAGCACAGGUAUUAACUUCAAUAAAUAUGAAGACAUCCCAGUUGAAGCAACUGGUGAAGAUGUGCCCCCUCACAUUAAUACAGUAAGUUGGAUAUUUAUAUUGAAUUAAUAUUAAUUUUCUUUGAAAUUAUUGUAGUAAAAUGUCAACAUUUUGAAAAUUAGUAAUUUAUUUUAUUAGUUUGAUGACAUUAAGCUGACAGAUAUUAUACGUAUGAACAUUGCUUUGACACGCUAUGAUACGCCUACUCCUGUACAAAAGUACGCCAUACCAAUUAUUGUUGGGCGUCGUGAUGUUAUGGCCUGUGCCCAAACUGGGUCAGGCAAAACAGCUGCAUUCCUGGUUCCAAUUCUUAAUCAAAUUUAUGAAAAAGGGCCAAUUGCCUAUACUUUGGGACCUAAGGUUAGUUUAUUAAAAUAAUAAUUAUAAUACAAAAUUUGCUCUUAAUAUAUGUAUAUAUAUAUAUAUUAAUUUAUGAUAUAUAGCUUCAGUCAAGACGUAAAUAUCCUCUUGGUUUGAUAUUAGCUCCCACCCGAGAAUUAGCUACUCAAAUUUAUGAUGAAGCAAAAAAGUUUGCUUAUCGUUCUAGAGUGCGCCCCUGUGUUGUGUAAGUUAAUUUAAUAAAUUAAAAUAUGUAUAUUUUCUUUCCUGGCUUAAUAAUAAUAUAGUUUUUGUUAUUUUCAUAGUCUCAUAGUCGCUUCACUUUUCUCAAUUUUAGACUUCCUCCCCAUUUUCCCUCUUCCAAUCUGUAUUUGUCCUCUUCAAUAAAAUCCACACAACUCCAUAUUUUAUUCUCAAAUGUCAGUAAUAGUGAAUCAAAUUUAUGUAUAUAAAAUAAUUGAUUACAAUAUGUUGAUUUUAGUUAUGGGGGUUCACAUGUUAUGGACCAAAUUCGUGAUCUUGAACAAGGAUGUCAUUUAUUAGUUGCCACUCCUGGUCGUUUAGUUGACAUGUUGGAGAGAGGAAAAAUUGGGUUAGACUUCUGUCGGUAUUUGGUUUUGGACGAAGCUGAUAGAAUGUUGGAUAUGGGUUUUGAAACUCAAAUCAGACGUAUUGUUGAAAAGGAUUCUAUGCCUCCUCCUGGUGACAGGCAAACUCUUAUGUUCUCUGCUACAUUCCCUAAAGAAAUCCAAGUAAAUAAAAUAUUUCCAAUUUUAAGUUUUUAUACUCUUAUUAAUUUGUUUGUUUUGUUUGUUUUUUUCGAUAGAUGUUGGCCAGAGAUUUUCUUGACAAUUAUAUUUUCUUAGCAAUCGGUAGAGUUGGAUCAACAUCUGAAAAUAUCACACAAAAAAUUGUUUGGGUUGAAGACAGAAACAAAAGAUCUUAUCUAUUAGAUUUACUAAAUGCAACUCCAAUUAGAUCACGUUAGUAUAUUUGAGUUUAUUUGUUUCAUUUUUAUUAAUUUCUGAAUUUUUUUUUUUAUGCUCACAGAACCUGCUGAAUCUUUGAUAUUGGUGUUCGUUGAAACAAAAAAAGGUGCUGACUCAUUGGAAGAAUUUUUGUACUCCCAUAAUUAUCCAGUAACUUCUAUCCAUGGUGAUCGAACACAACGAGAACGUGAAGAUGCUUUAAAAAGUUUCCGAUCGGGAAAUACACCUAUUUUAGUUGCCACAGCUGUUGCAGCAAGAGGUUUGGAUAUACCUCAUGUUACACAUGUGAUAAAUUAUGAUUUACCAUCAGAUGUUGAAGAGUAUGUACAUCGUAUUGGACGUACAGGUCGUAUGGGAAACUUGGGUAAGUCCUAGUUUGCUUUCAUAUAUCAUAAGUUGUUACAAAAUUAAUCAAUAUUCAACUAUCUAAGUAUUCUAACUUAUAGUCUUGUUUUGUUAUCAAUCACUAAUAACAGUUGUAAAACAUAGUAUAAAUCAGAAAAAAAAAAUAGAACAAAACUUGUAUAUACAUAAUACAAUUUUAGAUUCUGAGUGGAACCAGGAAUGUAUUAGUUUUACAAUGAUUUUUUUUUUUUUUUAUGUGAACACUUUCUACCAAUAAGCAUACUUUGAUUGUCAAGUGUAGAACCAUUUCUGAAAGGAAAUUUUCUCUGGGUGGUACUUUAGAGAAAUCAUUUUUUGAAAUUCUCAUUAAUAUUCUAGAUAAUGAGGAAAACCUCGGUCUUCAGGUUUUAAAAGAUUGAAAGGUUAAAUAAAAAUUAGAUUUUCUUUUUUUUUAAAUAAUCAUUGUCAUGAAUUGCACAUUAUUUUAUUCAUUUUACCAUAAUAUGGCUUAAUACCAUGUAUAGUAUUGUUGUCAAAGCAACAUUAUUAACUAAACUCGGCUCAGAAUCGUUUUUUCGUUAGCAAUGGUUUAUCUUUGCUUACAGAUAUACAUUAAAUUCCCAUCUGUAACCUUCCCACCUUCCCACCUACAACAGUGACUGCACCCAUGUGCAAAGUAUGCCUAUCCUUUUAUAUAUAUUUAAUGUUUUAAAGGUUUGGCUACUUCAUUUUUCAAUGAUAAGAACCGCAAUUUAACUAGAGACCUUAUGGAAUUGAUAACUGAAUCAAAGCAGGAAUUGCCUGGAUGGUUAGAAAGUAUGGCUAGUGAUUGCCGAAUGUCCAGUGGAAGAAGAAGUAAUGGAUCAAAAGGGUAAAUUGUUUUGCGAUUAUCUAAUACUAAUAAAAUGUAUUAAAUAUUUUUAUUUUCUCUUUUAGCGGUCGUUUUGGUGGCACAGGUUUUGGUUCUCGAGAUUAUCGUACCACGAGCAGCAUGCCUCCAUCGCGUAGUUCUGGUCCACCACGUAGAGACUAUGGUGGUGGCAGCAACAAUGGUAACUCAGUCAACCCAUAUUUCCCAGGUGCUUUAUCAGCGAAAAAUGCUUAAAUAAUAGAAUUUUGCUUUUCGUUGGUAAUAAACCUAAUCAAAUUUACAUUUAUUAAUUAAUUAUUGUUACAGGAGGUGGAUUUUAUGGUGGUGGUGGUGGUAAUUAUGGUGGAUCAUAUUCUAGUGGUAAUACUGCUUCCAAUGGAAAUUCCAAAUCUCCUGAUUGGUGGUCUCAGUCAUAAAUACGCGGUAAAUAAAAAUAUGAAUCAACUGAUAAUGAGAAUGAAAAAAUUAUAUAUUAUUUUUAGAGUUGGAAAAAAAGUGAAUAAAAGUUUUUUUAUGAAUUGAUAUGCCUCCUUAAUUUUAAGUUGGAUUUCAUUAUAUAAUAGUAUAAUUUCAUUACAAUAUUAUGUAUAAUGAAUUUGAUUUCAAACAAAGUAUGUUUUAAUUUUUUUUUUUUAUUUUUAUUCUAAGCUUCGUUUUUCUAGAUAAUAAAUCAUAUAAUUUUUAUGUUGAGACAUAGCUUUAAAUCUUAAACCUAGAAAUAAAUGAGUAUUUAAAAAUAAUAAUAACUUUCAUAAGCAUAUUAUGUAAUUUCUAUUUGUAGUGUAAUAAUCAUACAUAUUUGUUACAUUAAAUAUAGAUGAGAAAAUGCUGUACAUUUCUUUUAAUUUAUUUAUAGCUAAUGAAUUUGAGUAAGACAAAUAAAAUUUAUAAUCACUUUUUAUAUUUCAUCUUAAUUUUAAAUAUUAUCUAUCAAUAAAGUUACCUUUUGCUUAUAGCUUAGGAUUGAAAAUCUAAAAUAAUCAAUCUUAUUCCUUAUAAGUUAUAACUGGUUAAUUGAUGUGUACAUGAGUAUUAUUUAUUAAUUUGAAUUUUAAUAUUAUUAUUAAAAAUAAUUGCUGCACCAGAGUUAAUAUCUUGACAAUUGAGUGUUUGUUAUAAAAGUGAACGAUAAAUAUAUUCUUAAAUUAAAACUUAUAAUAAUUAUAUAAAUUUAUUAUAAUAGAUCCCUUUACUGUUUACUUUAAGUAUAGGUGCAAUUCUUUGUUUCAUAUGUUAUAGUAAUUUUCUAUUUAUGUGUGAUGUAUGUGCACCUUAAGUUCAACUUGAUGAAAUUUGAUCCUGUAAUUUUUUAAUAUUUGCAUUGUGUUAUUAAACAAAAUCACUUUUUUGAUGACAUUAAAAAUAAUUGAAUAUUUUAAUUUAUUUGCAAACACACAAUUGUCUUGUAAUAAUUUUACAGUUUAUACCUACUAUGUUUUACGAAACAAAUAUUUUCCUUUAUUUGUCAACUACCAAAUUUAGUAUUAUAUUAAUUUUUUUUUUCAUGAUAUACCAUAUUAUUCUAUUUAAAUAUGUGAACUUAAUUAAUAUAUAAUUCACAUAUUAUAAUUUGAACUCGACUUGCAAUCACACAAAUAUUGUGUUAGUACAAUCCUUUGUGUUUUGAAAUAAAAACUUGUUGAGGUUUCAGUGUAUGUAUCAUAUGCAAAUUGUUUAUGUUUUAAUUAUACUAUUAUCUCGAACAUGUUAAUUUAUUUUUACUGUCACACCUUGUCAAUACAAAAAUUAUUUAUUAUUCACACUAUUUUCAGCAAUUAUCUUUGUUACUGUAUGAUUUUAUAUUUUAUUUAUUAUGUAGUUUUUUUUUUUAUAUACAUAUAUACUUUAUAUCUAACCACUUUUUUUUUUUUUUUAGGUUUUGCUAUUAACUUCUUUUUGUGUGUGAAAACUUCUUUCAAUGUAUUUGUAAAAAAAAAUCAAGGUGAUAGACAUUUACAAGGCCGUACCUUUAAAGUUACAGGAAGUCUCGAUUCUUUUUCAAAUGUUUUACUAUUUCUAUUAGAAAUUUUUUUAAACAUAAUUGAUUAUAUUUUUAAAAAAAAAUUCUGUUUACAUUCCUAAGAAUAAUUCCAAAUUAUACGGCCUUAGAUUACUUUUUAUAAAAAAAAAAUAUAUGAAAUUAUGGCUAGGCCAAUGACAAAUAUGUUUUAAUGGAAACACUUGUGAAUAUUUGUGUUAGCUAUUCUCACUUGAAUGACGAGUAACUCUUCUAAUGGAUCUCUUACAACUUUUUAGUUUACACUAAAGAAUCUUAAGAGAUUUUAUUCAAUUUUAUAAAAAUUUCAAUUACACUAUUAAGUAUAAAUAUACAAAUUUGUGUGUAUUUGUGUGUGACUAAACAAAUUAAAUGUUAUAUAUUUACGUAUUUUAGUUGUCAAGUUAGUUUAUUAUAUUUCACUUUUAUAACGGAGGUUGUUUACCCCGAAAAUUAAUUUGAGUUGGAUUUAAUUUCCCAAUAAAUGUAUGAUUACAUAUAGAUAUGUUUUAUCAGUUAUAAUAUUAAUAUUGUCAAAAAUAGCCAACAUUUCUAUCACAUAAUACAGACUAAUUUUGUAUUAAUUAUGAUAUUUUUUAAGUUAGAAGUUUCAUUAAACUAUUCAAUUUAUACUAAGUAUUAUUAUAUAAUAAUAAAAUAUUGUAACUUUCCAGAAUAUAAUGGUACAAUAUGUCAA